GGGAGGGCGCGGCGGGAGCGCAGGGCGGCAGGCGGAGGCGGGGGGCGGGAGCCGAGGAGGGAGCAGGCGGCGUUGGCGGCGGCGGAGCGGGGGUCAGUUCUCCGGAGCGCUCGCCAAUGUGGAGCCGUCUGCCGGGCGUCCGUGGCCCGCAGUUUUUUUGGAGCCGUGAGGGAUUCAGAAGUUUGAUCAAUAUUGUUUUAACAUGCUUCAGAUAAAUCAGAUGUUUUCGGUGCAGCUGAGUCUUGGCGAGCAGACAUGGGAAUCCGAAGGGAGCAGUAUAAAGAAGGCCCAACAGGCUGUUGCGAAUAAAGCUUUGACUGAAUCUACACUUCCCAAACCAGUUCAGAAACCACCUAAAAGUAAUGUCAAUAAUAACCCAGGUAGUAUAACUCCAACUGUGGAACUGAAUGGGCUUGCUAUGAAAAGGGGAGAGCCUGCCAUCUACAGGCCACUAGAUCCAAAGCCAUUCCCAAAUUAUAGAGCUAAUUACAACUUCCGGGGCAUGUACAAUCAGAGGUAUCAUUGCCCAAUGCCCAAGAUCUUCUAUGUUCAGUUGACUGUAGGAAAUAAUGAAUUCUUUGGUGAAGGGAAGACUCGACAAGCUGCCAGACACAAUGCUGCAAUGAAAGCUCUUCAAGCCCUACAGAAUGAGCCAAUUCCAGAAAAAUCGCCUCAGAAUGGUGAAUCAGGAAAAGAAAUGGAUGAUGAUAAAGAUGCAAAUAAAUCUGAAAUAAGCUUAGUGUUUGAAAUUGCUCUGAAGAGAAAUAUGCCCGUCAGUUUUGAGGUUAUUAAAGAAAGUGGACCACCACAUAUGAAGAGUUUUGUUACCCGGGUGUCAGUGGGAGAAUUUUCUGCAGAAGGAGAGGGAAAUAGCAAAAAACUCUCCAAGAAGCGUGCCGCAACCACUGUCUUACAGGAGCUUAAAAAACUCCCACCUCUUCCUGUGGUAGAGAAGCCAAAACUAUUUUUUAAAAAACGCCCUAAAACAAUAGUCAAGGCUGGACCUGAGUAUGGUCAAGGAAUGAACCCCAUUAGCCGCCUGGCUCAAAUCCAGCAGACCAGAAAGGAAAAGGAGCCUGAUUACAUUUUACUUUCAGAACGAGGAAUGCCCCGCCGUCGAGAGUUUGUAAUGCAGGUCAAGGUAGGCAAUGAAGUGGCGACCGGAACAGGACCCAAUAAAAAGAUAGCCAAAAAAAAUGCUGCAGAGGCAAUGCUGUUACAGCUUGGCUAUAAAGCAUCCACUAGCCUUCAGGAUCCGCUCGACAAGACAGGGGAAAACAAAGGAUGGAGUGGUUCAAAGCCUGGGUUUCCUGAACCAACGAAUAACACUCCAAAAGGGAUUCUUCAUCUUUCUCCUGAUGUUUAUCAAGAGAUGGAAGCCAGCCGCCACAGAGUGACCUCUGGCACAACUCUAGGCUACUUAUCACCCAAAGAUAUGAACCAACCUUCAAGCUCUUUCUUCAGUGUGUCUCCCUCAUCGACCAGUUCAGCCACAGUUGCCAGGGAACUCCUUAUGAAUGGAACAUCUCCUACUGCUGAAGCCAUAGGUUUAAAAGGAAAUUCUCCUACUCCCCCUUGUUCUUCAGUACAGCCUUCAAAACAACUGGAAUAUUUAGCAAGGAUUCAAGGCUUUCAGGUAUGAUUUUAAAGGAAAAACAAAAAGAGAAAGUAAAACUCAUUAGCCCCAAAUCAUUUCUGUCCAUGAGAAGGCUCAUUCUUGCCUGGUGAUGUGGCCUCCAUACCAUUAACAUUGUAAGUUAUUUAGAAACACAAAAGACAGAAAAAAAGAGAGUCAUAGCACAUACUUUGUUUUCUGUCACUUCUGUCCAGGGACUCUGUUGCUGCCUGGCUCUCUGCUACAUUCAUAUUCACAUUUAUACUCUCCGUCUCUGUCCCUCUUUCUCCCUCUUCCUCUCCAAUCCUGUCUCCCUUCCUCUCUCCCCCUCCCCGGCCCCUUUCCCUCCAUGUCUCCAUCUUUGCCUUCCUCCUGGAUCCUGUCUUCCAGUUGGUGUUGAUUGGCACAUCUUCCUUCUCACUUUGUUUUGCACAAACAAGAUUCUCCCAGGAGACAUUUGGUGUUAGUGUUGAUAUCACUUCCCCUUUUUACAGUCAUGGUUGAGUCUUUCUGCUGCUGAUUUGAUUUUAUAGCAGUUUUGAAUUUCCCAUCCUGCAGUUAGUAAUGACACAGGUACAUUUAUAAGGUCCAGCACCCUUGAAGUCUUUUACCUUAGGGGGCAUUAAACAUGGCACUGAGCACUUUCUGAUGGUUGGGGUAUAAUGAGUGUCAGUUGUACUGGAUCAUGUGCUGAGCCAGGGUGGUGGAGAAGCAUCUACCUCCACUGAUACAGCCGCUGUCUCAUGUUGACCUCAGACCAGCACACAGCUGAGUCAUGUGUAUGGAUUUGGGAAUGAUGCUUUUCCCCUAUUUAUUCUUGAGCCCUCUUGGGGGCGGGGGGAAAUACCCUAUGAAACCAACAAUUCUUUAUAUACAUGAGAGAUUUUAAAGGAAUUGUUAACUGUGGGAAGGGAAGUUCAUGUGUGCUGACUCCUAGUUGCCUUGAAAGCCAUGUACUGAAAAUGUAACUGUCAACCAAUGGGAUGAGACUGCAGCUUGUGUGUGCACAGGACGCUCUGACUCCCCACAUUUCAUUGCUUCACCUUCCAUCUUAGUCUUCCUCCUUAAGAACAAACUCUGUAAUUUCUUGUAGAAAUGUUCUAGAUCUGUAUUGUGUAGAAGAUCAUGUAUUAUAAAUGUUUCACAGUGUCAGUUAUACAAUGAGAACGAAGAUCAUGUGUUGGGAGUAUUUUGCAUGUUUGGUUUGGGUUUUUUUUGUUUUUUUUUUUGUUUUUUUUACUUUAAAGAUCCCUUCUGAUUCUUUCAGUUCUAUCACUAGAUAGUUGCUAGUGUUUUUAAUCAGACUAUUAAUAUGAAGUUGAAGAAGCUGUUACCAAUUAUUGACUCUGUCAUCUGAAAUUUAAAUGCUUAAUUUCAAGUUAUAAUUUUAGAAUUUGUUAUUUACCUUAAGAAUUAUAAUAAAUCACUGUUUAAACAAAAGACUUUGAUUCAUAUAGUGAAAGCACUAGACUAAGAUUUAGUUCUACCAAUAAUCUACAUAGGAUAAAUUAAAAUAAACUGUGAUGAAAAGAAACCCACUGCUCAUUUGUAAAAGCCUGCAAGCGAUGGUUCAUCUGUGUGCACACAGCUCAUGUUGCAGUCUGGUUCUUGGCUGAACUUCGACAUUUCUAAGUUUCUUAUGCAUUAGUUCUUGGCCAUGACAGCAGCUAUAAUCUUAUCCUAUCUUCACCAAAUUGUGGUCUACUACGCCUAUCGAUCGCUGGACUCACUGCUUAGACCUGUCUCAGAAGCUUGUGCUGAGGUAGUAUACUUUUACUCACAAAGUAAAUAAUCUCCAGAUCUGUGACCAUGGUUUUUACACAUUACUAUGCUGCUUCACUGGAAUGAGCUGGCGCUGGUGGGAAAUGUGCUGCCCGUGGAUCACAGCCUGCAGCCACAAGGCAAACAGUCUUUGGAGAGUAGCCUCUGGCCUGUCGUAUGUGUACACAUCAUCAUGUCACCCUAGAAGGUUCUUUGUGAUAAGUGAUUAAAGUGUAUUUCUUUCUCGGUAAUUUUCUCAGGUAGGAAAACGUACAGAUUUUUCUUACACGAUUUAAUUAGACUGUAGCUAGAAAUUAUAAGACCAGCUUGUUAGAAAUUAUAUGCUCUUCUGUUACUUUUGUUUAUGGAAUUUGAAAACAAUAAAUUCAUUUUCUUGGUUUGUAGGCCAAUAACUGUUCAUCUCAUUCCACAUUGAACAGUUGUCAUUCCUACUGAAUGUGUAUAGACUCUGCUUGAGCCUUCAGUUUUCCUCUGUGAUUUGAAUUAAACCUAAUUAUGCUACUGUA